AUGGUGCUCGAAGCCACGAUGAUCAUCGUCGAUAACAGUGAGAGCAGUAGGAAUGGUGAUUACCUUCCCACCCGGUUUCAAGCCCAAGCCGACGCUAUCAACCUAAUUCACGCCGCAAAGACACAAGCCAACCCCGAAUCGUCGGUCGGGCUGAUGAGCAUGGCCGGGAAAGGCCCAGAAGUCCUGGUCACCUUGACAGCGGACAUAGGGAAGAUUUUAGACGGGCUGCAUCGAACGAAGAUACGGGGACAGGCUCAUCUUGCCUCCAGUAUACAGGUUGCCGGUCUAGCCCUCAAGCACCGUCGAGAACGCGCCCAACGUCAACGAAUUAUCGUCUUUACCUGUUCCCCCAUCGCCGAAGAUGAAAAGAUCCUCAUCAAACUCGCAAAACGAAUGAAAAAGUACAACGUCUCCGUAGACUUCGUGGCAUUCGGGGACCUGGAUGAUGAAACCAUUAAGAAACUAGAAGCCUUUAACGAAAACGUCAAUGGCGCCGAUGGCUCCCAUCUUGCCGUAAUACCCCCCAGUCCAAACCUUCUCAGUGACUCGCUUGUUGCGACUCCGAUUCUAGGCGGUGAUGGCACGGGGAUUGGUCGGGGAGGGGGCGAUGAGGAAGGCGAAGGUGGUGUCGAUAUUGGCUUUGAUCCUGCCGCUGAUCCGGAAUUGGCGUUUGCGCUACGGAUGUCUCUUGAGGAGGAGCAGGCGCGCAUAGAGAAGGAGAGGAAGGAGAAGGAGGAGAAGGAGAAGAAGGAGAAAGUUGCUCUUGAAGGGAUAGCGGAGGAGGGCGGCGAGUCGCAACCUCUCCUUGAUGAGAAUGGGGAGCCGAGUGGAAGUGGUUCCAAUGAAGAUAAGCAAGAUGAUAGAGACAAGGGAAAUGAUGGGGAUAAGAUGGAUACGGCGUGA